CUCACUCUCUUUCUCUCAUGCACACGCGCAAAGGACCUGAAAAAGUCCGGCCCUCCAACAGCGCUCCGCCUUUCCUCUCCCUCUGGACUACCCAGAAUCCUUUGUAAAGUGGCAACGUAGCCGGCUAUGUCCAAAGCGACGCCUGCGCUGUAAGAGGAAGGGGGGGGGAAUUGAGCGAGAGGAGCCGAAGCCGGCUGCGAGGCUGACGGACGGCGACUGACUGCGACUGUGCUGCACCCGGUUCCGGAGCAGCCGCUGCGCCACUCAACCCGCCAGGGCCAUGGCUAGUCCAAGAACAAGGAAGGUCCUUAAAGAAGUGAGAGUGCAAGAUGAGAACAAUGUUUGUUUUGAAUGUGGUGCGUUUAACCCCCAAUGGGUGAGUGUGACCUAUGGAAUUUGGAUCUGUCUGGACUGCUCAGGAAAACAUAGAGGCUUGGGUGUUCAUCUCAGUUUUGUGCGCUCUGUCACAAUGGACAAAUGGAAGGACAUUGAACUGGAGAAAAUGAAGGCUGGUGGUAACCGUAAAUUCCGGGAGUUUUUAGAGUUUCAAGAAGACUAUGAUCCUUGCUGGUCACUGCAAGAAAAGUACAACAGCAAAGCAGCAGCGCUCUUUAGAGAUAAGGUAGCUGCAUUGGCUGAAGGUAAAGAAUGGUCAAUUGAAACUUCUUCUGCCAGAAACUGGACUCCCCCUCAGCCCAAAGUUGCUCUGUCCUCAGCUCACCGAAGCUCGGCUGGACAAACCCAGAAUGCCGGUGCCACUUCUGACAAAGCUUUUGAAGAUUGGUUAAAUGAUGAUCUUGGCUCUUAUCAAGGGGGUCAAGAAAAUCGUUAUGUGGGGUUUGGGAACACAGUUACUCCUCCAAAAAAGGAAGAUGACUUUCUCAACAAUGCCAUGUCUUCUCUGUAUUCGGGAUGGAGCAGUUUUACUACUGGAGCGAGCAAGUUUGCUUCUGCAGCUAAAGAAGGUGCUACCAAAUUUGGAUCUCAAGCAACUCAUAAGGCUUCAGAGUUAGGUCAGAGUUUAAAUGAAAAUGUUCUCAAACCUGCACAGGAAAAGGUAAAAGAAGGAAAAAUUUUGGAUGACGUUUCCCAGGGAGUCUCACAUUUGGCUGCCAAGGUCCAGGGAGUAAGUAGUAAGGGAUGGCGAGAUGUCACCACUUUUUUUUCUGGAAAAUCAGAUGAGUCUUCUGAAAGGCCACCAGAGGGGGAGAGCUACCAGAACAGCAGUGGUGAAGGCUACCAGAACAAUGCAGUGGAUCAAAGCUUUUGGGAGACAUUUGGCAAUUCGGAUCCACCAAAGAUCCACAAGUCCCCAAGCAGUGACAGCUGGACGUACGUGGACAAUUCUACUGAGAAGAAAAGCUCCGAUAGCUGGGAUGUCUGGGGGUCAGGGACAGUCUCUAAUAACAAGAACAGUAACAGUGACAGCUGGGAAAACUGGGAGACCAACUGGGAGAAUGCAGCCGGGGAGGGGAAAACCAAAAAGACCCCUAAGAAGACAACAAAAGAACCUUCUUCAGCUGCUGAAGAAGGGUGGGAUCACCAGAACUGGUAGGACAGUGUCUCUGUCCAGCAAGGCAGAGGAAAAAGUCAUACUUCUGAUGGAAAGGCUUCCCAUGUGACUGGAUUAACGUCAUUUUGAUGUUAAUGUUUAAACUUCAUGCUUACUGUUCCAUUCUCUUUCCACUCCUGUUUACAACUACUAUGACAAAAACAUUGGUUUGCACAUUCUUGUAAUUACCAUAUGAAGACGUGUCUCUCCCAUGGAAAUGACCUUGUGCAUUAGAUAUAUUAUCAUCAUGCUGCUGUUGUAUGCGGAGCAUGCCAACUUCCUUAAAGUGAGAGCCUGGAGAAAAUAAGUCCAUGCAAGCAUACCAUCAUAGCACAAUACUGCAUGUGUAGUCUUGCAAGAGUGCUCAGCUCUUUGGAAUUCCAGGUGACAUUCUGGAGAACAUUUGGAUAAGAUUAUAUGGGUGUCUAUUCAACUGAUUACAGAUUAGUGAACUGUGAUUGAAGUUGCUGGGGUGGGUUUGAAACAAGCAAAAUGGUAAUUGAGACACUUUUGAAGCAGCUCUUAGAUUCAUCAAGGUUUGAAAUGGAAAACAACCCCUCCUCACCUUAUUCACUUUGAUUAUCUGUCUUAGAAGAAACCAGGUUGGCUUCUUCUCUAAAAACGUUCGGAGACUCAAGAACACGACAUUUCCUAUUUCUGCCCUUGGCAGUUUUCAUUUCUUUUUUAAAAAAUUAAAAGAAAUAUUUCAUCUUGUUUUCUUCCACCUAAGGUUCCAUUUGCAGUUAAGGUUUUUAGCAGAACUGCCUGAUAUCGGAAAUGGUGAUGUUUUUGGAAGGAUUAGACAAGAUAGUCGAACACGGUCAAAACAGAACUUAUGGAUGAUAGAACCAACAUUCUUGAGGAACUUCUAACAAAACAACAAACAUGAAUUCGAUACUUUGUUUAUAUCUAUGGAUAAAAACAGUUCACAAAAUUUCAUAAUAGGUUGCCCACUUCCUCUCCCUUUCUCCUCACCCUCCCCUCCAAAAAAGCAAGGGAGGAAGGACUUCCACAAAAGUGACCAGGUUGUAACUUUAUCACGUUGAGUUGCUUUGCAUGAUGUUUGAGAAGAAUUCAGGUAUUUCUUUCUGCAGGGUAUUAUGUAUGUUCCUGAUGCCUGUGGUCAAUAGAUCCUUUUUUUUGUCAUCUCCAUAUGUUAAAAGUGUUACAGCACAGUGUGACUACUAAUGAUGUGAGAGCCUACUGGGAAACUUUGAAUCGUAGGAUAAUGGGUUGAAGCCUGGUGUGGAUGCCAGAACUGGGAUUUUCCCCCCUAGUACUGAUGUGGGAAGUUUGCCUGCAAGGCUACAUUUCAAAUGUUUGAAUCUCUGUCCAAGAAGAUCUUGCAUUGGCAAGAGGACUGUGCCUGGUCUUCUGUGGGCCUGAGCCUGGUCUUCUGGUAAGAUUUGGCACAGACUUAAACAUCCACUUGUUCAGCAUUCAGCUAAGGUUGUCUGCUGUACAUAACUAUCCAUACACAGAAUAAACUACCCACUAAGUAUUAACAGUUUCCUAGGA